ACCGUCCCUCUUCCACCCAGAAAGUAGGUUGUCGUGGGAAGACGUAAUUAGAGAAAACUACUAACUCACAAAUCCCACUACACAAUCAUUCCCCCGUGUCAGCACACCAUACCUACUCAGUUUCCUCCGUUUGCAAAAGGGGGCAUCGAGGAUUGACGGGAGCAACAUUUCAGAAAAGCAAGGCCACUGAGAGGCAUUUGACAAAGGCACUGGAUGGAUAGCAUCGACGCUGAAGCCCUCUACCUGACCACAGCGCAGCACGGGCAACCUCAAUGCGAGCUUUCCCUACCUGCUGUGGAAGUACCUGCCCUUGGCGGAACCAAGAAGAUGAAUGGGUCUCUGGACCACCCAGACCAGCCCGACAUUGAUGCUAUAAAGAUGUUUGUGGGUCAGAUCCCCCGGACGUGGUCAGAGGAUCAGCUGCGUGAGCUGUUUGAGCCCUAUGGUGCAGUUUAUGAAAUCAAUGUUCUUCGGGACAGGAGUCAGAACCCCCCACAGAGUAAAGGUUGUUGUUUUGUCACAUAUUACACCCGUAAAUCUGCAUUAGAAGCACAAAAUGCCCUUCACAACAUGAAGAUUCUUCCAGGGAUGCAUCAUCCCAUACAGAUGAAGCCUGCAGAUAGUGAGAAAAACAAUGCGGUAGAAGACAGAAAGCUGUUUGUUGGAAUGAUUUCAAAGAAGUGCAAUGAGAAUGACAUAAGGCUCAUGUUUUCUCCAUACGGCCAAAUUGAGGAGUGCCGCAUUCUGAGAGGUCCUGACGGACUGAGCCGUGGCUGUGCCUUCGUCACUUUCACAGCGAGACAGAUGGCUCAGUCUGCCAUCAAAUCCAUGCAUCAGUCACAGACCAUGGAGGGCUGUUCUUCUCCCAUUGUGGUAAAGUUUGCAGACACGCAGAAGGAUAAAGAACAGAAACGUAUCGCCCAACAGCUGCAGCAACAGAUGCAACAGCUCAAUGCUGCCUCCAUGUGGGGGAAUCUUACAGGACUGAACUCACUAGGGCCACAGUAUCUUGCACUUUAUUUGCAGCUUCUACAACAGUCUGCGUCCUCUGGAAAUGCGCUCAACAAUCUCCAUCCAAUGUCAGGUCUGAAUGCCAUGCAGAAUCUGGCUGCAUUGGCGGCGGCAGCAAGUGCUACACAGGCCACCCCCACAGGUAGCAGUGCUCUGACCACCUCCAGCUCCCCUCUCAGCGUCCUCACCAGCUCAGGUACGCCCUCCGGACAGCCCGCUCAAUCUGCCUGGGACGCCUACAAGGCGGGUUCCUCUCCCACCUCCAGUACUAGUUCUUCUGUGAACCCCAUGGCGUCUUUAGGUGCUCUUCAGUCUCUUGCUGCGGGCGCUGGAGCAGGUCUCAACAUGAGCUCCCUAGCAAGCAUGGCUGCUCUGAACGGUGGUCUGGGCAGCGGAGGUCUCUCAAAUGGUUCGGGCAGUGCUAUGGAGGCUCUGACUCAGGCAGCCUAUUCUGGGAUCCAGCAAUAUGCCGCUGCCGCUCUGCCCAGCCUCUACAGUCAGAGUUUACUGUCCCAGCAGAACGUUAGUGCGGCUGGAAGCCAGAAGGAAGCAAGUCCCAAUCAGAGCGCGGGCCCCGAAGGAGCAAACUUGUUCAUCUACCAUCUGCCACAAGAAUUUGGUGAUCAAGAUUUGCUGCAGAUGUUUAUGCCUUUCGGCAAUGUUAUCUCUGCCAAGGUCUUUAUUGACAAACAGACCAACCUUAGCAAGUGUUUUGGCUUUGUUAGUUACGACAAUCCAGUUUCAUCCCAGGCGGCCAUUCAGUCAAUGAACGGUUUUCAGAUUGGAAUGAAGCGGCUGAAGGUGCAACUUAAACGAUCCAAAAAUGACAGCAAGCCAUACUGAGUGAUUUUGCUCUCAAAUGGACUUGGUUUGAAAAUGUUUUUCUGGUAAGUGGAGUGUGACGUUGGAAAGUUAGAAUGACCCCACCCACCCUUAACACCCGCCUUUCCUAAUCCUUCUUUUACUUCUCUGGCCUUUCCCACAUAUCUUCUCUCUUAAUGCAAAUUAAGAAUUUGUUCCAAGGAGUAAAGAGUUCAGUUUUGUUUUCCACAUUUAUAUAUCUAAUUGUUUUGUUGAUCUCUUUUUUUUUUGUUUUCCCUCGGGUCUUUUAUUUUUAUUUAUUAAUUUCUCUUUUUGUUUUUGGUGCCAUAUUACAAGUUUGCUGUGUAUAAAUCUUGCGUCAAAGGAUGUUGCACAAUGAAAGCCAGCCUGUGUGACUGCUUUCAGUCCCUUAGACUGUUGAUCACCACGGUCUGGCCCCUGUAGAUGUUCUCCUGUGUUUACACUAGACUCUUGUAGUACAUUCGGACAGUGUAAUGCUGAUGCCUCCUACAAUGCUGCCUUUCUAGAGAAAAAAUGAAGGAGGCUUGCUGCAUCGGUGCAAAAGAUAAUCAGUCAGUCACCUGAAUAUUGUUUUGAGCAUCUGGAAGGUCAGGCUGCACUCCACUAGACUCAGUUUUCAUGGAUGCCUUUUUAUUUAAUUCAUGUAUUUAUUUCACUAAUUUAUUUAUUUAUUUUUAAUGUAUCUGUGUCUUCACAAUGAGGGUGAUGUAACAUUGCUUCAAAGUGUGUUUUAUGUAUUCUGUCGGAGGGCUCAGCUAAAAACGGUAAUGUUGAUGCUUUCUUUUUUCUUUUUAAUUCACAUUCAUAUUUUUACAUUCUGAGACAAACACUACAGCAAGGGUAUUAUAUCCCAUGUUGGUUCAUAGAUGGUGGUUAAUCAUUCAGUAUUGGUAGUUUGCAGGAGAUGCUACACUUACUCUCAGGACAUUCUCACCAUUCUGUCAGACCAAAACUUCUCGCCCAUUAUUUUACUCGCCUGGUACGUGAAUAUACCUAAAGAAUAUGUAUGAAAGAAGUGACGGAGUGCUUCAUUUCAGUUCAUCAAUAUUUUUCUUAAAGCCUCAAACAAAAACGAACCUUUUUUUGACCCAAGAUUUUUUUGCCGAAGAAUCGCACGGUAGCACAUAUGGUUUUAAAAUGGCAUUUGUAUAGAUUUUUUUUUUUCUUUUUUUAAUCAAAGACACAAUCCACAACAUGCUUUUUGUUUCGAUGGUCAUUUGAUACAUUAUCCUACGCCUCAAUUCAGGAGGUUGGCGUUGAAGCUUUUAGCAAUAUUUGCAUUCUGGAGAAGAGCGAGAGACGAUACUGCCAAGAACCGGAAGAAGGAAGUUUACAAUUGCCGAAUUCAUGGCCGCUUAAUUAUCAGCAUAAUUUGAACUGAAAUUUCCUAACUUUCGUGGCAAGUGUUCAAUAAGUAUUUUAUCUCUGUGCUUGCAGGUGGUCUCUUGUACCCUGGUGUAUGGAGACUCGUCCUGCAAGCCUAUUCUAGUUUGUAUUUAGAAGUUACUCCAUGCAACUUGCUUCAGUUGGUCAUGGCAGUAAAUAAGUGUUCGAAUCGUAAUCAAAAGGUUAAUGCCAAUCUGAGUCCUGCAGGGUCGUGUGGUAAGAUUGUUUUUAUGGAAACUGAGAAGAAAACAUUAUCCAGAUAGUGUAUAUUACUUAACUAUUAUGCCUUUUCUAUUUUUAUAGAGGUUUUAUAAUAUUGCCUAAAUAAUUUCUCUGAAUUAAAACGGUUGUUUAAAAAAAAAAAUCAACUCAAAAGAUUCAACAGUGUUUUUGUAGAAUCCUAAUGUGAAGUUUUGUGGAUACAUUCACCGAUUGUUUAAACAACGGAUGUGUGGCCCUUUUCACUAGUUGUAGUGUUGUCCGUUUAGUCCAAAAAAAAAAUUAGUACCGACAUUUUUUUUUUUUUCUUCUUCCCCUGAAGCAAAUCCACGGUUCAGUCUAAAGUUUAUACUCGGUGUAAUAUCUUUAAACUAAGUACAUAUGUGGUGACGAAUGCUGAAAUGUUCUAUUAUCAGAAUUAAUUUGUUUCAUUUCCUCACAACAUAACUUGAGCUCGGAGUGUCGGUUAGUAAAAAUUGUAUAUUGUAGACUAUUCUUUUGUUUUGACAUUUACCUCACUACUGUCGUCACUGUUCGACGCGCUUGUUGUAUUUAUUACCGGUGCAUUUUAUUUUCAUUGAUUCAUUGCAAAUAAGCCAAUUCUUGUUAACCUCACUAUCUAUCUACUCAGAGUACAGACGCUCAUCUCAGCCCGGGUGAGGAAACGAGUGCGCCGCUAUCUGGCAGCUCGUAUAGAGAUGGCGGUCCGUGCACCUAUCAGUUUGUUUCAUACGUUAGAGACGCUUUAGACUGAACCCGCGUGUGAAGCCCCUCUUGAAGCGCUUAGAUGCUUAGAUGCUAGUGCAGGGAACGUCCACUCCCUGAUCUGUGCCUCACACAUGAUUUACAUGCAUUACGAAACCAUUAAGUGGAAGAAAAAUGGGAGUGCAACACAAAUCACCAUUUUGAACAAUCCAAAGAUUCUUGUGAACUUGUUCUAGGCAGGGAUUUUUUUGUUUGUUAGGCAAAAUUUUUUUCCUCAUAGUUUUUGUUUAUUUUUAUCCGGAGCAGAUUGACUGGCGUUUGUGCAAAGGUGUCCGCAGGACUUGUGCGCCUUUUAAAACCGCUCACAAGCGCAGAGUAGUUCCACUGAUGUGCCAAACACAUUGAGUCUUAAGUUUUCUGUACACGUUUUAAUGAUGAUGCUCUGUGUCCCAUCAUGUUGUUGUCCUUCACGGAGUUCAAUGUAGCUAAAUUGUAUCCAUUUGUGUUACCCGUGACGGGUGUUUUGUGAAUAAGAACCAAUAUGAGCAGCUCCAAAUAUGCAUUAUUCCACAGUCCCUCACAAUUCAAAAUUGAAGCACAAAAUAAAAGGACUUUCACUGAAAGAGCUGAAACGUUGAAGCACAAUUUUUCUUUUUGUUUCUCUCUCUCUCUCUCUUUCCCUUGGUCUAAAAUCGAAAUGCGGUUGUGAGAAAUGGAACAUUUUUUCAUUUGAAACGUUGCUGUCGAGGACAGUGUUGUCGUAGCUGUAGUAGGCAGGUUGUGUUGUCUCUCGGUGUUGUUGUUGUUGUUGUUGUUGAUGUUUAAUGUUAUUCCCUUCGUUCACUAUUGGCAUGGUGCUUAUCUCUCCCUCCUCCUUCCCCACUUUUCUUCACCGUUUCCUGUGUUGCAUUCAAUGUUUUGUGUUUAGAUGAUGUGUGCACCUUUUUGAAAGCCCCCUCUCAUGCGAACAUAAUCAUUCAUGAUUUUUCUUUUUCAUCCCCUCUCCUUUUUCCGUUGUGCUUUAACCUAGGUUUGUUAUUCGUUAUUUUUUGUUUUGUUUUUGUUCUAGAUAUCUUCGUGCCCGUUUGUCAUCGUUUGCCUAGCAUGUCGAUGUGACGUCAAAAGUUCAUCGUCCAGUCCGUUGUCCUCUUCGCUUCUCUGACGCUUGAAAUUUCACACUUGACCUUUUUGUUAACUUUUGACGCUUAUUGAUUACUUAUUUUGUUUGUUUCUUUGUGUGAUGUUCAUUUGUCAUUUGUGCUGCCAAUAGGGAGCGUUAGAAAGACUGCUCAAAGUGUAAAAAGUUUCAUGAAAAUUGUUCUGAGCAAAGAGUCUAUUUUUCUAGAACGUAUCUACAAACAUAACCACUAGAUUUUUGCAGAAGCUUUUAAUUUUAAUUUUUCCGAUUUUGUUCUUUAAUGAUUUUUUUAUUGUUUUCCAGCAGUCUUCCUAGCGCUUCUAAUUGUACUCCUUUUUUGAUUUUUGUUUCUCUUCUCAAAGCAGCCAUUCAGUUUAUAGAAUCACUUUUGUGUGUUCAAGUGUGGGUGUGUUUCCCUCUUUCUCUCACUUGUUAGGUCUAAACCUUUUAGAGGAUGUUUUCGUCACAUUUUGCUGAAAUCGAGGAUAAACUUUGUAAUUUUGUGUUAGGUUAGUUGGCAUGAUGUAAUUUUGGGAGUGACAUUACAAUAGACACUUGAAUUGCCUUUUUUUCUUCUUUGUGUGUCGAGCCAACAAAGGCACAUGUUUUUCAUUUCCUUAUUGUGUGAAAAUCAGGAUUAGUCUGAAAUAAUGCAUAGAAUGAGCAGAGUUGAAUUUCUUGUCACAGGUAAAUAUUAAGCAUGCAUGUUUUUUGUAAGUGCACUGAAAUCCUCAGCAAAAUGUGAUCUAGUUCUGUUUCAAAGUCAAGAUGAAUAAAGUGGUGCCAAACGUUUUGCAUGUUGCUGUUGGUUACAUUUACAGUAUGUUUCACAUCAUGCUUAUGGCCCCCGCUGCAAUGACAUGUGGUCUCAUUUUGAUGGUUUAAGAUUUUAAAAAAACAAUACAGUGUGUGUUUUUAAGCUUCUAGGUUAAAGUGAGUUAACAUUUGUAUUGUUCUAAAAAUUGAAGUAGGUUUCAAAUGAGUCCUUCGAGAUCAAUUGUGCCUACAACAGCAAAAACACAUGCUCUUCUUGAUGUUGUUCAGUUAAUGAAAAUGUGUUACAACCUUAUAGUUGGUCUGUUUUACAUAGCUUGCGAGCUUUUUUUUUUUUUUUGCCAUUCUGACAUCUGUAUAAGUUGUGAAGUUCUGGACUGAUUGGUAGAGCUCAACUGCAGCUUUGCCCCCCUUAGCCUUUAGUUUAAAGGCAUAUCUCCACAAAUGAAGAGCUACAUUUGGAAGUUUUUUUUUUUUUUUUUUUUUAAAGAUGUAUUCUGACAGACUAAUCUAUUUGGGGGUUAAGGUAGUUGUUUUCUAUUUAGAUUUUAAGCUGCUGUUUUGUGAGUUUAAAUGUACUGAGAAAAUUUCCUGUGGGAUGUUUGUCAUUACUGGUACAGAGUGAUUGUAUUUAACAUUUAAGAUUUGUACAGAUUGCCUUUUCUACUUCAUAAGUUGUUUCACAAUGUAAAUCCCAGUAAGUAGAAGCAUGUAGACCGUAACACCAUGACCAAACAUCAACCUGUACAAAGUAACCAAAAUGCAAACAAAAAUCAACUCCACAAAACAGCCUUUAAUUGAAUUAAGAUGUUUGUUUUUUUUUGUUUUUUUUUUUUAAGUUUUGUCAUUUAAGUUGUGUGGUUUUCAUUGGAAGUGUAGAGAGUGCAGAAUUUAUUAAAUGUCUGAAACAAAUGUAUAUGGUUGGUUAAGGAUUUCACGCUACUGUCUCUACAGAAAUAUAACAAAAUGAACACCCACAAAGCAGUCAUCUGGUAGUUUAUCUUUAGUUUAUGUAUGAUUAAACUGUUUGAAAACAUUCA